GGGCGCGUGGCCAUCGUCACGGGCGGCGGCACCGGCAUCGGCAGGGCCAUCGCCGCCGACCUGCUGGCGCUCGGUUGCAAUGUUGUUAUUGCCUCUCGCAAAUUUGACCGAUUAAAAGCCACAGCAGAGGAACUGAAUAAUGAAUUUGCUGCCAUGAGUCCUGCCAAAGUGACUCCUAUACAGUGCAACAUCCGCAAAGAAGAGGAGGUAGAAGCUUUGGUGAAGUCUACACUUGAUCUGCAUGGGAAGAUUGACUUCCUUGUGAACAACGGAGGGGGGCAGUUCUCGAGCCCUGCUGAAGACAUCCGUGCGAAAGGCUGGAAYGCUGUGAUAGACACUAACCUGACAGGAACCUUCUACUGCUGCAAAGCAGCAUACAAUGCCUGGAUGCAGAAACAUGGAGGAGUCAUUGUCAACAUUACUGCUGCCGUGAGAAAUGGGUUUCCUGGAAUGUCGCAUUCAGGAGCUGCCAGAGCUGCUGUGAAUAACCUCACCAAGACGUUAGCUUUAGAGUGGGCCCCCAGCGGAGUGCGGAUCAACAGCGUGGCCCCGGGAAUAGUAUUUUCAGAAACUGCUGUUGCAAACUAUGGAGAGCAAGGUACAGCAAUGUGGUUAAAGAGUAUCCCAAAGAUUCCUGCCAAGAGGUCAGCAGUUCCUGAGGAGAUCUCUCCUGCAGUGUGUUUCCUGCUAUCUCCAGCUGCUUCUUACAUUACUGGAAUAACGAUGGUCGUGGAUGGAGGCCAAAGUUUAUAUAGAACUAGCAUAGAAAUACCAGAUCACAACAAAUGGCAUCCCCCGCCAGAAGGAAGAAAUUCAGAACUGCUUAAAAAACUUGUUUCUGGGGAGUUCAAGCCAAAGCUCUAACAGAAUGAAACUUCACCCAUCCCCCAGUUGGAUAUUUGCUGAUUUUUCCUGCUUAGUAGCUUGUGUUUUGUAAUUCUUAGGGAUCUGAUUUUUUUUUCUUCAUCUGUAACUACUCUGAAUGCCUUGAGUUUCUUUGAUUUAUGUUUAAAAAACAAAAGGCUGUGCACAAUAAAUUUUCUUCUCUGAAAACACUAAAAAUGCAUGAUCUUUGCAAUGGACAAUUUCCAUUUGAAAAUCAAAAGUGUUUUAAUAUAUCACUUGAAGAUGCUAUAUUUGCUACGUUCACUUUAAGGCAAAUGCUUUCAGGUUUGCGUACUUCUGAUCAAAAUUUUUAAAAUAAGCUUUUUU